AUGGGGAGAAAGUUGCCCCCUUUUGCCCCGGCCGUGGUGUCGACGCAGACGGCGGCCGGAAGGAAACGCAAAACAGCCUCCUUGGCUCCGCUCACCCCCCGGAAGCGCUGGGUGCGGGCAAGCGGUGGCUGGGCGUCUCUGCCCAUCGACAUAAUCUGCCUCAUUCUCCGGCAGCUCGUCGCCAUCGGCGGCGGCGGCGACGUUGUGGACUACAUCGCCUUCCGCGCCGUCUGCUUCGGCUGGCGCGCCUGCACGCCCACGCCGCGUGACCCCACACUGCGGGAUCCGCGCCUCCGGCCGCGCGCCUGGGUUGCGCUGUGCGACGGUGACGCGGUACGCCCGGACGACGCCUGCGAGAUCCCCUUCUUCCACACGCGCACGGCCAGGUGCAUCCGCGUUCGCCUGCCAGAGCUCCGACGCCACAGAAUCGUCGGCUUCACCGACGGCCUCGUCAUCCUCCUGCACAAGAGCACCACCGCUGUCCGCGUGCUUCACCCCUUCACGCUUGUCGCCGUUGACCUCCCGCCCCUCGCCGCCGUGUACCGCGAGGUGAUCGGGCCAAAGAAGCACCAUCUGCUUGAAAUGAAUGCUGUGGUAUGCAGCAGCGCGACCUCCGCGAACUCCAUCGCUGUCAUGGUCUGGUUCCACUCGGCAAGGGUGGUGCUCGUCGCGGAGCCAGGUUCAGACUGGAAGGUACUCCAUCGAGGGAUUUAUGUUCGGAGCAUGCUGCAAUUCCAAGGAAGGCUCUACGCCACCUUCUCGGCUUCAAAAGAGAUCGUGCAGCUAUAUCCACCGAGACAACCACGGCUUGAGAAUUCGCUGGUGGUUGCUCGUAUUCCAGAUAUAUUUGGUGAGCACAUUUUCUGUCAGUUUUUCCUGGUGGAGUCUGGUGGACGAAUGCUGCUCGUUGUACAGUAUCCCCCUGGUCAUGGAAGAAAGAUGGAAUGGUCACGACAAGUAGGCUUCAGGCUCUAUGCAGUGGAUUUGUGCAGCAAAGGCAUUGGUAACUUGAUUCCGGUGAGCUGCCUAGGUGAUCGUGCGUUGUUUCUCAACAGCGAUCGAUGCCUGGCUGUUUCGGCCAGGGACCUCCCUUCUCUGAGCAGCAACUCCAUCUACUUCUCUUUACCGGACAGCCCUGUUGUGGUGCACUCAUUGAGGACUGGAUUGUCGGAGCAGUUGGCGGAGCACUGCCAAAUACACAACUCGGUGGAUAGGAUCCGCCCCUCUGUGCGCCCAUUUAGCAUUGUUGAUCAUCUUCUCACCUACUGCCAUCCUUCUCACUGGACUGAAGGACUCAUGUUUCAUGAGUACCAUCAUAUACCUGAUUCUUUCAAGGAAUUGAGGAAGAACAUCCAGGCAAAAGAUUCACGACUGCGGAUUCCGCGCAUCAUGGGCCAGUGA